CGGCGGCGGCAGUGACGUACGAUCAUCACUCGCACAACCGCGAACACGGUUCACCGACACCUGCCUAAUACUGCGAGGUAUAUUUUCACUCGGCACCGACGACGACGACGACGACGACGUCGACGACUACUACAACAAUACACUCGCAGGUGUUGAAAUGUCAGUUUAUCCGAUACUGUUGCACGCAGGAGCGUGUUUGUGGUAUGUUUUCUUCUGGAACAACUUUUUAACCAAUGGCAGUGGUAAAAAAGAGAGCGACUGGGAUCCUAGGUAUCGAGACAUACAUGAAAUGGGAUCUAGAUUUCUCACCAAUUGGAAUCUAUUUAUUCAGACGCUGUUCUUUGUCGGUUGUCUGUUUCAUGAUUUAAUGAAAAUACUGAACGGUCCCAAUUGGUUGAAAUUAGGUUCGAAAUUUCAAACUAUACUCUCGCUGAGUUUUUCGUCGAUAUUACUGCCAACUGGAAUUUUUGUAUGUGUCACAUUUUGGGCAAUGUAUGCUUACGAUCGUGAAGUUAUCUACCCAAAAAUAGUGGAUAGUUACAUACCGUAUUGGCAAAAUCAUGGAAUGCACACAACUAUUUUACCACUUAUGUUGGCCGAAUUAUUUACUACCAGACAUAAGUUCCCUUCGGUCACAGCUUCAAUGUCGAUAUUUUUGGGAUUUGGGAUUUUCUACGGACUCGUUUUUGUGGGAACGUACGUGGAAAAAGGACGUUGGGUAUACCCCUUAUUCGGCCUGUUUAGCUUACCGAUUUCAUUGGGUAUUAUGGCUGUUUUAUUUUUCAAACUAAUGUCGUUUUUAUUUGUCGGCAUAUUCAUCCAAAACAUGUACUGGGGAAAAGAAGAAAAGAAACGAUAUCGAAAACCUGUCAAUAAAUCAUCCUAAUACAAAAUAAUACAAAUAAUAUCAUGUAUUUUUUCGAAAAAAAAAUAUUAUAAUUUAAUUCAAUGUUUAUAACUACGCAUAUUUAUUUAUUUUAUUUUAUUUGUUUAUUUAUUAUUAAUAGUUAUAUUAUAGUUUCAAAACUAUGAUUCAAAAUGUCAUAUUAUAAUAAAUAUAAAUUAUGUUAAUUUUAA